UUGGAUUAUAAUAUGAAUGAAUGAACGAACGAAUGAAUGUGGACGGAGGAGUUGGCUGGCUUAGCGUUGAACACUGCUCCAUGCUGUUAAAGCCUUCGCUGCUCUCAGACCAAUCCAACUUCAGAUUUUCCCGUGAAACUCGCAUUUUCCGGGCAAGAAACUCCGCGAAUUCAUACAUGGCGCCUCCAAUCCUCUCCAUUGCUCUUCCCUCCGACACCGGUCGAGUUCUCAGCAUUCAAUCUCACACCGUUCAGGGGUAUGUUUGCAAUAAAUCGGCUGUCUUCCCUCUGCAAUUACUGGGCUACGAUGUGGAUCCAAUUAACUCCGUGCAGUUUUCGAAUCAUACAGGAUAUCCGACGUUUAAGGGGCAGGUCUUGAAUGGACAGCAACUCUGGGAACUAAUAGAAGGCCUUGAAGGAAAUGAAUUAUUGUUCUAUACUCACUUGUUAACAGGUAUUGUAAAUAUUUCCCUUUGUACUUUAGAUUGUGAACUGUAUGUCACUUACCUCAUGAACGCUAUAUUAAAUAGGUACAGCAUACCGCUGAUUGAAGUUUUGCCACAAUAUGCAGCAAUCUAUAUUUCUUAGACGAUGUGUUUCUUCAACCAUUUUUGUUGCUCUUAAUGAAAUGCUUCAAUUUUUCUUAUUAAAAGUAUAUUAAAUUAUUUUCAUUAAAUGUAG